AGUCAACACAUGCUGGAGGACUGUUGAAUCACAUAAAUUUCUAAAACAAAAUGAAGAUAAUAAUAUUUGGACACGGUAAUAAUGACAAGAACCUUAUCUCACGGAGUCGAAGCAUCAACCCAUUAGCUCAUUCGGAAAGCAAUUAAGCAGCAGUAGCUUACUACUACUGCAGUGAUCAUGCAGAAUCCACGGCAAAUGAUGUCGCUGUGUUUACGAAUCGUUAUCAUAGCGCUGUUAUCAGUAGCCAGCUGCUCCCUCAAAGUUCACAAAACUCCCAUUUCACCUUCGGAUGUUUCUUCUUAUUCUUGCAAUAUGAAUUAUAACAUCAGCUGCCCUUCUUAUCUCCAAGGUCAUCCGCAGAACUGCCCCAAGUUAAGCUUCGCACUCUUUUGCGAGAACAAUCGGACUUUUCUAACACUUGCCGAUGCCGAUGCCGAAUUCUCUGUGGAGGCUAUCAAUUAUGCGAAUUCUUCUAUUCGGAUAACUCGCUCGGACUUCGCCACGUGCUCCUCCUUUCCUCUCAUUCCUUACAGCCACGAUUAUGACACAAUGAGGGAUUUUUCUUCUCCGCUUGGGGAGUAUAAUACGGCAUUAACAUUUAUAGCCUGUUCAACUCCUGUGAUCAAUUCUUCAAUAUCAAGAAGAUAUAAACGCACGUCUGUGUGCUCAUCAUCGUCAGUCACCUCGUAUGUUGUCAUCGGAUAUAUGGACUACUCAGAAGUGGAAAACAAUUGCACAAUUCAGAAGACGAGUUGGGUGUCAUCUGCGUGGCCUGGUAUUAAUAAAACAUCUUUCAUGGACAUUCACGAUUUCACUUACGGCAUAGAGCUUCCAUUCCGCUACUUGGCCUGCUUAAAGUGUCCUGCUCCUCAAUCGCCAUAUUGUUUGAGUGUUAGAAAUGAAAAUUAUCAAUUUGAUUGCGAGCCUGCAGAGAUUGCAGUAGGAGCGCUCGCGGGCGGUUUGGCUUACAUUUUGGCCUUUCUUCAUGCCUGCCUUUUAAUUUUCAUGGCGCAGACAGACAUAGGACCUCCGGAGUUGCUGGCCGCGGGAUUUCUCCUACCUGUAACUGCAAGAUUUUUGUGUGGAAUGGCAUUUCUUUUAGUAUUUCUUGUAUACAAAUUGAAGAGAAGACACUUAUCAGCGUAUGACACCAUCGAAGACUUCCUGCAAGGUCAAAACAAUCUCAUGCCUAUUAGGUACACUUACUCCCAAAUCAAGAAAUUCACCAAAGGAUUUAAAGUUAAACUUGGUGAAGGGGGCUUUGGUACUGUAUAUAAAGGAAAACUUCGAAGUGGUCAUGUGGUAGCUGUUAAAAUGUUAAGCAACUACAAGGCCAAUGGCCAAGAUUUCAUCAAUGAAGUUGGUACAAUUGGUAGGAUCCAUCAUGUUAGCAUCGUGAGGCUUGUUGGCUAUUGUGUUGAGGGUCCAAAACAUGCUCUCAUCUAUGAAUACAUGUCUAAUGGAUCUCUUGAUAAAUACAUUUUCAAAGAUGGAGAUGAAGAUGAUGGAGUCACUACUUUGAGUAGUGAAAAGAUCUAUGAGAUUUCUUGCAAAGUGGCAUGUGGCAUUGAGUAUCUACAUCGAGGUUGUGACAUGCAAAUCUUGCAUUUUGAUAUCAAGCCUCAUAACAUCCUCCUCGAUGAGAAUUUCAAUCCAAAAAUAUCUGAUUUUGGUCUUGCAAAAUUACGUUCUACUGGUGAUUGCACUGUGACUAUGACUGCCGCAAGGGGAACAAUGGGCUACAUGGCUCCUGAAUUAUUUUACAAAAAUAUUGGAGGUGUUUCUUACAAGGCGGAUGUUUAUAGCUUUGGGAUGUUGUUGAUGGAAAUGGCGGGAAAAAGAAAAAAUUUGAAUCCUUAUGUGGAUCAAAGUAGCGAAAUUUACUUUCCUUCGUGGAUUUAUGACCAGGUUAAGGAAGGAAAGGAAAUAGAAACAGAAGAUGCGUCUGAUAUUGAAAAAGAGUUGGUUAAAAAGAUGAUUAUUGUAGCAAUGUGGUGUAUACAGAUGAAGCCAAUUGAGCGUCCUUCAAUGAACAAAGUUAUUGAAAUGCUUGAAGGGGACCUUGAACUUUUGGUGAUGCCUCCUAAACCUCUGAUUUGUCCACAAGAAACCCCUGGAACUGAAGAUCAAGAACUUGAUUAAAGUUCUUCAAACUGAUGACGUGAUAAUGAAAUUCUGAAUAUGAAGAAGAGACAAUGAUUAGCCCUAUUCAGAUUAAUUGAUUUGCCUAUGUAUGAACUAUCUUUGUGAAGUAUGUAUGAUUUUCCGAGUUAUGAACUAUUUGUGUGAAGCAUGUAAAAUUAUUUUCAUUUGA